AUGGCCGGCGGAAACGAGGCCUUAGUGCCGUCGGAUCCCAGAAAUAAUACUCAGCCGCUUGCUCAGUCCCGCUACACGGUCUGGACCCCGCAAGAACGCCGCCUCUUCGUCUGUGUCCUGGGCUACUUGGCGCUGGCCUCGUCACUGUCAGCUAACAUCUACUUCCCCCUAAUCGACGUUCUGGUCGAGAGAUAUGCUGUAUCGACGCAAGCUAUCAAUCUUACCAUUACGCUGUUUAUCGUGUUUCAGGGCGUGACGCCGUCCUUCUGGUCGCCCCUAUCUGACACAUGGGGCCGCCGUCCCGUUUAUCUCUGCACCUUCACCGUUUUCACCCUCGCCUCGCUGGGGCUGUCCAUCGUGGACCGCAACUACCCGGCCCUGCUUCUUCUGCGCGCCCUUCAGAGUGUUGGCAGCUCGGCCGUUGUAUCACUAGCUUACGCGAGCGUCGCUGAUGUUGUCGCUCCCUCGGAGAGGGGUGCCUACCUGGCGCCCAUGCUGAUGACUGUAAAUUUGGGCCCCUGCAUCGGGCCCGUUGUCGGAGGGGGCAUCGUGGUGGCGACUGGAGAUCCAAGGUGGUGCUUCCGCGCGCUACUGAUCUUUGGGUCGUCGGCUACAUUGAUGAUCGGGUGGAUCAUGUCGGAGACGAAGCGGUCCAUCGUAGGCAAUGGCGCCGUCCCCGCCAGGGGCAUAUGGAGGACAUGGUGGACUCUUCUGUGCCAUCCUUCCCAACCCGCUGCCGUCGCUCCGCAUUGUCUUGUACGCCGACGCAUUUCUCGUGCUCUGGCUUUCCGGGCCCCCCCGGCGCUUUGGUUCUGCGUUCAGACCUCCCUGGCGCCUAUCUUCGGCCUCCAAUACGGCUUUAAUCCCUUCGAGGUCGGGCUCUGCUUCCUGGCCGGCGGGGCGGGCGUCAUAGCCGCUGGCUUCGUCUCGGGGAAGCUUAUGGACUGGAACUACAAGCACGUGGCCCGAGAGGCAGGGCUUCCCAUCGAUCACGUCCACGGAGACGACGUGGAGCGUUUUCCCAUAGAACAGGCCCGAACCCGCGGUUCUAUUGUUAUCAUCCUUGUCUCUCUGUGCAUCGUCAUCGGCUACGGUUGGGUCAUCGAGGUGCGGACGCACCCGGCCGUUCCACUUGUAUUCCAGGCCUGUAUCGGGUGCAAGAGUGCCACUCUGCACCAGAUAUACGGCGCGUUGAUCGUCGACAUAUUCCCCGGCAGAACAGCCACGGCGGCCGCGUCCAAGAACAUUAUGAGGUGUACGCUGGCGGGUAUACUGGUGGCUGUGCUGGACCCGCUCGUGGGCGCGCUGGGUUAUGGCUGGGUCUUUACCCUGCUAGGCAUCUUCGAUGCUGCGACAUGUAUUCUGGCGGUUCUAGCACUAAACCGAUGGGGGAGAACAUGGAGGAAUAGACGGAAAGUAAAUCAAGAUGAAUAGAUGCAGAGGUUAUGCAUAGACCAGUAAUAAUGACGUAAUUACGCU